AUGUCCACUCCGGGGCAUCUGUGUCUUUUGGGUCUGGCCCAUUUCUUCGCUUCCUUCCGCAACCGCAACCGUGCGUUCCUCCUCCCCCAUUCCAACCCAACCCCCAACACCCCCAAUCGCAACAGUUUCACUGCGCCACAGCACAAUUCCUGUCUCGCACCGCCCGAGCCGGCCACAACAGCGACAGGCCCCUCGCGCCGAUCGCCGGGCAAUGGGAGCUGGGCGGGGGCGGUGAUGGGCGCGGCGGGCUCCAGGCUGGAGAAGGUGCUGGGCGAGCAGUUCCCCGAGGGCGAGCGCUACUUCGGCCUCGAGAACUUCGGCAACACCUGCUACUGCAACAGCGUGCUGCAGGCACUUUAUUUUUGUGUUCCUUUCCGUGAUCAAUUGCUGGAGUACUAUGCAAACAAUAAAAACACCGGAGAUGUUGAAGAGAACAUGCUAACCUGCCUGGCUGAUCUGUUCUCUCAGAUCAGUAAUCAGAAGAAGAAAACAGGGGUUAUUGCUCCUAAGCGUUUUAUACAACGAUUGAAGAAACAAAAUGAGAUUUUCCGCAGCUAUAUGCAUCAGGAUGCUCACGAGUUUCUGAAUUUUUUACUGAAUGAGCUAGUUGACAUUCUAGAGAAGGAACAUAAUGCUGCAAGAGAGUCUCUUCAAAAUCUCUCGUUCCCAAAGAAUUCAAAUGGUCCUAUUGAUGGCCAACCCAAUGGUAGUCACAAAGAAUUAGCUGCCACAUGGGUUCAUAAAUGCUUCCAGGGAAUAUUGACUAAUGAAACAAGGUGUCUGAGAUGUGAAACUGUGACUGAUAGAGAUGAAACAUUUUUUGACCUGAGCCUGGACGUUGAACAGAAUAGUUCACUCACCAGCUGUCUUAAGAACUUCAGCUCAACAGAGACUUUGAAUGCUGAGGACAAGUUCUUCUGUGACAAAUGCUGCAGUUUACAGGAAGCACAAAAAAGGAUGAAGAUAAAAAAACCACCAAACAUCCUAGUAAUUCAUCUCAAGCGGUUCAAGUAUAUUGAGCAGCUUCAGCGCUACAAAAAACUAUCAUACCGAGUGGUUUUCCCACUGGAGCUUAAACUUCUUAACACAGUUGAUAAUUCGGACUUAGAAUACUCCCUUUUCGCUGUGGUAGUUCAUGUUGGAAGUGGACCAAAUCAUGGCCACUAUAUCAGUUUGGUUAAGAGCCACAAUCAUUGGUUAUUCUUUGAUGAUGAGAACGUUGAGAUGAUUGAUGAGUCCAUGGUACAGGCAUUCUUUGGUUCACCGCAGGAGUUCAGUGGUAACACUGAUAAUGGCUACAUACUCUUCUAUGAAAGCCUUGCUGAAAGAAGUUGA